AUUUCACCGGAUAAAAAUGAUUUGGCGCUGCGUCAUUUGUUACGUAUUUGUGGCUCUUACUCUUAAAUCUUUAUUGAGUCAGAUUAAUUUUGCACACAGUCGUAGUCCAGAUUUCCGCCUGGUUUGUGGAAUAGAUGGAUGUACUAAAGAGUACCGAGUCUACAACUCUUUUUGGUAUCACGUCAGACGAACACACUCGCAGUAUCUAGACGGCGGCAGGAGCAGAUCACUUCGGAGAGAGCGGUCAGUACACGAGGCAUCCAGCAAUCAUGUGUGGGCAGAUAGUGGACCAACAUUGGUGGCUCAGGAAGCAGGGAACUCAAGUAACAGUCCGGAUAAUGGAAUGACACUGGGAAACACUGUGGAUCUACAACCCUCGCUUCCUGUUCCUGUGGAACAUUUUGGUGCUUUUGACACUGGCGAAACAGUGUUUUCUGGCUUAAACAGUAACUCCGGUUUGCCAUCGCCUCAGAACCUGGAAAUACAGGAUGCACUGAAUGAAACUUCAGAUUCGAACCCCACUCUACUCGUUCCAAACAGGCCUUCGGAUGACUCAUGUUCUUCAAGCCUCCCCAAAGAAACCACGAAUGAUGAAUUAUCAAGUGAUGAUGUGCUGUCCAGACAUGCCACUGCUGUUGUGAUGACCGCUAGAGAGAAACAUCAUCUCUCACAGAGCGGAGUGAAUGAUGUUGUGGCAGCGGUUCAGGAGUAUCAAGCUCAGUUAUUGAACAGCUUGAGGAGUCAGCUACAAACAGUGUUCAACAGACAUUCAGAAAGUGAGAUUCAACAAGAAGCUUUGGGAAUCUUUGACUGCUUUAAAGAUCCAUUUGCUGCCGUUUCAACAACGUACAGGCAAGACAGUGUCAUAAAAGAAAAAUUCAGUUUUGUGGAAGCAGAAGAAGUUCCAGUUGGAUUAGCAGUAUGCUGUCAAAAAAGAGAAAAAAGAAGAGACCUCUGCAUAAAAAACAAAUGUUUCCAUUAUAUACCUCUGAUAAAGAGUUUAGAACAAUUACUGUCUCAUCCAAAAAUCUUUGCAAUGAUAAAUGGUGGACCUCAGAAGUGCAGCAGUGGAUAUUUUUAUGAUAUCAUAGAUGGCGAACUCAUGCUAUCACACCCUUUAUUUUCCUCUAAACCCUCUACUUUACAGAUAAUCCUUUAUUCAGAUGAAAUCGAAAUUUGCAAUCCGCUUGGGUCUCAUGCUUCAAAGAAUAAGUUGCUCAUGUUUUACUACACCUUGGGAAACAUUAAUCCAAAGUACAGGUCCAAAUUGGCUUCAAUCCGCCUUCUUGCCAUUGCGAAGAAAAGUGACCUCUCAGAAUGUGGAGUCGAUGCCAUAUUGACAAGACUGCAUGAGGACUUGGUAGAACUUUAUAAUGGCGUGAAAAUUCUUCUUGCGAGUGGUGAACAUGAAAUAUAUGGAGCAGUGGUUUCCAUAUGUGGAGAUACGUUAGCUCAACAUGAGCUGUGUGGAUUUAAAGAGGGUGUGGGCUUUGCAUAUAGUAAAUGCAGACAUUGUGAAUGUUCUUUUGAAGACAUGCAAAUGUAUUUCAAUGAAGAGAACUUUGAGCAAAGAACACUGGAAAGACACAUUCGACAGUGCAGUGACAUUAAGAAAGCCAGCACUGAGUUUCUCAGGAACAGCCUUAAAACUACAUACGGAAUAAACCGAAGGAGCAAAGUAAUGGAUUUCCCUGCCUUCAAUUUAAUCCAACAAACACCUCAAGAUAUAAUGCACGUAAUUCUUGAGGGCAUUGCUCCCUUGGAACUUAAGUGCAUGUUGAAACAAUUGGUUCUUUCGGGACAACUGGACCUAGAUGCUUUCAAUGCUGAUAUCAUUGGCUUCCCAUACUCUCCACAAGAUACUAGAGAUAGGCCUUGUCCUAUUGCAUACAGUACAUUAGCUUCCAAUGACAAUAAACUGAAGCAGUCCUCAGGUCAAAUGCUUGUUUUGCUCAAAAUAUUGCCAUUUCUGUUGGAUGUAAUUAAAGGUAGCGCAUAUUUUUCUUUCAUUCUUGAACUUCUGGAGAUCGUUCAGAUACUGUUUUCACCUGUUAUACAUCUUGAGACUAUUGACAAGUUGAAAGUACUUAUCGAACAGCAUCUUAAGCAUUUUAAGGACCUUUUCUCAGAUUACAACAUUACACCUAAACAACAUUACUUGAUUCAUGUUCCAUCCCAGAUUAAACUGUUGGGACCAAUGCUCCGUCACAUAGACUACAUGUCUUAUAAAAUUGAGGUUCCCAACCUGGCAGAGGGAACUGAACUCAUAAACGCAGAUGACCUUGUAGACUUUACACCGUAUUACAGUUUCAGUCACAAAGACAUGACAUAUGUCCCUAUGAAAUAUUACCUUGGAGAUCCUGACGCCUACUAUUUCGACUCACGCUUUGACGAGCUGUGUCGCAAACUGUUCAAACCCGAUCUCCAGACCAUUAUCGACUUCACUCUACGCCGCUACGGUUUAACGACCAACAACAUUCUGAGGAUUCUACAACGCCGCUCACCCGACCUGCGCAAAGAAUGCUUGGAUAAAUUCUGCACGGAGCUCGGAUACCGCAACCUGAGUUACCUAAAGGAUAUGUGUACCUCCUCCCCCCACACAGGGUUCGACACCACAGACGGUUGCUUCAACGGAAAAGGUUUCAGAAUCAUAAAAGCCACGAUCGUACUGCUGCUGCAACACAUCAUCGACAACAAACUAAGGGAUGAGUGUGAGGGGUGCGCAACGGACCAUCCGAGCCAGCUGCAACAUUCCUGUCUGUUUGAGCCUGACGCCUACUAUUUCGACUCACGCUUUGACGAGCUGUGUCGCAAACUGUUCAAACCCGAUCUCCAGACCAUUAUCGACUUCACUCUACGCCGCUACGGUUUAACGACCAACAACAUUCUGAGGAUUCAAGGAACUACCGGUGCUAUCCUGCACGAAUUAAGAGACGAACCAUUCAUCGUUGCAAAGCUGCAAGAAAUCAGGGAAAAGCUGCUGGACGAGUCCAACAAGAAAGUCAUUUACGAUGCCGUGGAUCUCUGGCAAAGCAGCGUGACUGUCCCAGGAGUGUGA